UAAGGGGGGGGCCACGGCGCGCGCAGUGGGAGGCCCAUUUGGAAUUCGAAAUGGAUGAAGAGUUGGAAAACUUUGGUCCCCCCCCCACUGGCCCCCGGUGCUGUUGCACUGUAGCCUCGCCGUAGUCGCCCCCGCCAUGUUCGCCAUCGUCCUGUAUCGGUCGAGGUGAGAAUAAAGUCCUACAGGGGCAAAAAGGGGCCUUGCUGAGCCUGCAAGUAGAAUCUCGUUGUUGUUUUGCGGUACGAUCCUACGCUGAUGUGAAUAUCGCCUGAUCUUCUGGGUUGAAGAAGGGGCAGUCACCAAUUGCCACUUCGGCUUUCGAAAAUGGAUCGGGAUUGGGGAAGCAAGCCUGGGAGUGGAGGUGCAGCCUCUGCUCAGAAUGAGGCUGUUGACAGGCGUGAGAGGCUAAGGCGACUGGCUCUGGAGACGAUUGAUCUUGCAAAAGAUCCCUAUUUUAUGCGGAACCAUCUUGGAAGCUAUGAAUGCAAACUGUGCUUGACUCUGCACAACAAUGAGGGCAAUUACCUUGCACACACACAAGGAAAACGUCACCAAACAAAUCUAGCCAAGCGAGCAGCUCGAGAGGCAAAGGAAGCCCCUGUGCAGCCACAGCCGAACAAACGCAAGAUUGUCCCCCGGAAGACGACAAAGAUUGGCCGGCCUGGAUACCGUGUUACAAAACAGUACGAUGCAGAGGUGCAUCAACGGUCACUCUUGUUUCAGAUAGAGUACCCUGAGAUUGAAGAUGGAACCAAGCCAAGGCACAGGUUCAUGUCUUCGUAUGAGCAAAGGAUUGAAGCGUGGGAUAAGCGAUUCCAGUACCUUCUUUUUGCAGCAGAGCCGUAUGAGAUCAUUGCUUUCAAGAUCCCAAGCACAGAGAUCGACAAGGCAGCAAGUCGUUUCUUUACACACUGGGAUCCAGAUUCAAAGGUAUUCACUCUUCAGCUGUAUUUCAAGCCCAAGUUGCAGGAGAAGCCUGCAGGUGGUCGUGCACCUGGACAGACGGAUGGGCCAGAUGGAAUGGACAUUGGACCACCCCCUGUGGAACCACCUUUGCAAAGAGGACCUCCUGGCGGAAUGGGUCCAGGGCCGGCACCACUGCCGGGGGCUCCCCACCCUCGUCCUCCGAUGGUGCAAGGCCCUCCUCCACUGCCGUCUGGUCUACCCCCUCUGCCUGGAAAUCUCCCUCCCCCACCAAACAUGGGUGGUCCUCCUGGAUCCAUGGGCCCUCCUCCAGGAUUGGGACCACCACCAUUCCCACUUCGACCUCCCCUACCCAACGGCAUGCCCCCCCCACCACACGGGAUGCCACCGAUUCCUGUUUCUGGGAAUGGCCCACCACCACCCUUCACUGCAGGUCCUCAUCAUCCACCUGUGAAUGGAGGACCUCCACCUGGUCUUUCACCCUCAAUGAAUGGGCCUAGGCCACCCCCUCCACCGGUGGUUGAUGGGCCAGGGCAUCCUCGACAAAUGAUGGGCAUGCCAUUGCCUCCCCAGGGAUUUGUCCCACCUCAACGGCCACCAGUUCCUCUUCAGCAGAUGGGCUCACGAGGCCCACCACCACUACUGCAUGCAAGGGGGCUCCCUCCUCCUUUCCCCAUGCGACCUCCCCAUUCCCAAGGCCCUCCCAUGCCGAAUGGGAUGCGUGCUCCACCACCGGUUGGAAUGCCCCCUCCUCCGAGGUCAACAAUGCCACCUCCCCCACAAUCAGGAAGGCCACCACCGCCACAGACUGGGAUGCCACCACUACCAUCGUCCAUGGGCCCUCCUGCACAGUCUUCAGCUAUGCCACCACGACCUCAGCCUUUGGGAAUGCCGUCACCACCACAGCCAGGAGGAAUGCCACUUACACCUGCAGCAACCCCACCACAACAGCCACCUGGAAUGCCACCACAGCAGGGUGGAAUGUCUGCCCCUCCUCGUCCAAGUGGUAUGGCACCACCACCACCUGGUGGGAUGCAGCCACCUCCCCAAGGUGGAAUGCCACCAUUGCCGGGUGGACUUCCACCCCGUCCACAAAGCGGAAUGCCGCCACCUCCGCAGAUCGGAAGGCCUCCAGGAAUGCCACCCCCCCCAAACCGAGGAAUGCCACCCCCUCCACCACAGGGUGGAAUGCCACCUCCACAAGGUGGAAUGGGACCUCCUUCACAAGGCGGGAUGCCACCUCCUCCACAAGGCGGAAUGCCACCUCCUCCACAAGGUGCAAUGCGGCCUCCUCCCCCCCUACAGAGUGGAAUGCCACCACGAUCUAUGCUGCCCCAAGGCGGGAGGCCACCACCACCACCAUCGUCAUCACAGAGUGGCUCUUCCCCUCUGUCAUCACAACCUGGAUUGGCACCACCUCUGCGUCCCUCAUCCCAAGGUGCAGUCCUUCCACCUCCAUCAUCCCAAGCAGGGAUGCCACCCCCCUCACCAUCCCCACAAGGAGGAAUGCCACCCCCACCACCCUCAUCACAAGGCGGAAUGCCACCAUCCUCAUCCCAAGGUGGAAUGCCACCACCUUCAUCACAGGGCGGAAUGGCACCACCCUUGUCUCAAGGUGUAAUCACCACCCCUCCACCGUCCCACUCUGCUAUGCCUCCACGUCCUCCGUUGCCACCACAGCCACUUCCAUCAUCACAAGGACCGCCACCUCCACAACAUGGAGUGUCUCCUCCUCAAAGCGGAGUAGGGCCACCACCUCUGCUCCCACCCGCAAUCAGGCCUCCUCCACCACUCACUCCCAGUGCUGGGAACACUGUCUUGGUUUCACCUCCUCCUUGCCCGCCCACAUCAUGAACCCUGCACUGCCUGCAGUUGCCUCUGUCAGGAAGUUUGAAACUUUGAGACGGCCCUUUUGGGCCUGGUUUACUAUUUAGGCUUGUUAGUUUAAUCAUCAAGAAGGGGUGGUUCUGGGCUAAGUUCCAUGUCUCUGAGAGAGGAGUGACAAGUGGGGGAUCCUAUUGAAUGCACGCUGAGUGCACACAGACAAUGGAGAGACAGAUAUCCCCAGGCAGGCCAAAACAGACUGGCAGAUAGUCUAUCAAGCACAACAGCAAUGGAUGCAGAUGGCUAGCCAGCUAGGCAUACAGGCAUACAGGGGUCAUGAAUAUUCUUAGGAAAGGCGAAGGGAAAGGACAGUACGGCGUUCUGUGCUAGACUCUGGUGAGGUAGGAGAAGAGUUGUUAAUCACCCAUCUGCUCAGCUGCAAACAUGAAGCUAUGAUCAGAGCUAAUCUGAUGAGACCUCAACUGGUCUUCAGCCGGAUGGAGCUCACGAUCGUGAUAGUUGCGUCUAGGGAGAAUUUCCGUUUAUUUGGGUGAAAGACAGCACGAUUGCCGCGACAAUC